AUUCCUGUCCGCCUCUUACUUUGCCCCGUGCACUGUAAACCUAUUGUCAUAAGGAUAAGGCCUCAUUUCCAUCUGAAUAGUCCCAGCUUUCGAUGGGAAGCCAUAUUGUGGGUCCUGCCCAUGUCUGACGUACAUAUUUUAACAGACUGGAUUAUCAGCUAUGCAGAUCGGCAGAAAUUCUGGUUUCUGGGUUUGCAAGUGUUUUACAGGAUUACCAGAUAAGGAAAUAAGUGCAAGGAUGACUGUAUCACCGGGGAGGAUAGCACACUAUUAGUUGAAACUUCUAGAUAAAGACCUGGUCAAGACCGCGGCGAAUGAGCAUAUCUGAACGACCGUGACAACAGGCAAGCCACCAUGGGCUCUAAAGUAGAAGACAUCAGGUGGUCCCGACGUUCAUACACGCUGCGUGACGCUCUCAAACGAUGUACUUUCCCCCAAAUAAUGAAAGUGUCUGUCGGAUUCAUCUCGCCUGAUGAAAAUGAAACACUAUCAAAAGAUCAGAUACUUCGCAUUCACCAAAUUCAUACCCAAACACGAGUUCUGGCCAGCAUUAAGAAAAGUAAAUGGCUGAGUAUCCCACUGCGAUAUGCCGACGCCAGAUUUGAAGCUCUCUCCAGCAAAAAACGUUCUAAACCUAUGUACAUGCGUGACGUCAUUGAUCGAGCUCUUCUGCCUCAAGAGGUCACCUUUUUCCUUGGCGAUGAGUUGCAGUUUGACUUGCACACUGCAAAGGGCAGCGUGUCCGAGAAACUAAGCCCACUCGUGUUGAAGAAUAUGUACGAAGUUUCCUACCUCCAAGGCAAUGCUAUCUACCACAAUCAUCUUGACACACAAGUUGUCAACAUUCCGCUGUAUUUGCCAGUUGAAGUCAACCUGGCGGAAGGCUUCACGAAACACUCAGUUGAGCAGUGGGGGCGGUAUCAGUCAUUAUUGGAGAAGCUUGUUGCUAAGCAUGUGACCUUUGAACUCUUUCCUGGAAAUCAAAAUAUCACUUUCUUCUCGGACAAGCGAUUAGAGAAGGCAGAAAGCCAAGAAGACUAUGAGAAAAUAUUCCCAACUGGCACACUCUACGUCAGUUCAGCUAAAGAAAGACUUCGUAGCAAGACACCGACAGGUCAAGUGACAAGUGGUGCCCGUACUGUUGGCCACACUCCUGUAGUAACCUCUGCAGGAGGGGCUCGUGUCAAAGCUCCCUCUUCUGGAGGAACGAUAGCACAGCCAACUGCCAAAAAUGGAGAGGCUGGGAAAACCAAGCACAUGACCAAGGCAUCAUCAGCUACAAAUAUGAUGUCUAUGGGUACUGUACCUCAUGAUAAGAGCAUACACCAGGCCAGGGGACGACCCCAUGAAUCCCCGAGUCGCGGUAGUCGACCUGUUCCUCCAAGCAGUGCAACCAUGCCAAGCAGGUCAAUUUUACAGAAAAGAAGCCAGAGUCAAGAUGCUCAUGCCAGCAGCAUCCCUUUACAACCUCCUCCAAUUCCCACAUCGGCUCGACCUACUCGAGACAGUCCUGUACCAGACACACGACGUGACAAGAAUCACACAGGCAACUCAAACAUCAAUGGAUUUGCAACACGAGCAAGGGCUCAGAAGCCACAACCCAUAAUAACUACACCAGUACAAGGGUAUCGUCGCAACCGGUCACCCUCAGUUGAUGCUACACAAACUUCACGUGGAGCAUAUCGGGCCAGGUCCCCAUCAGUGGGGGCACGUCCUGAGCAAGUCUUGGUGUCACCAACAGGUCGCGUCCGGAAAGGUCCGGUUAUACCGCAAUCACCAGGAAUUAUAAAUGCAUUCGAGCAUCGAACUGCCAGCUCCACAAGCUCAGCAGACUCUGAUUAUGAGCAUCUGAAAACUUUACCUGUUCACAUACCGGCACCAGACUAUGAUGCAAAUGAAAGCGCUUUUAUAUUCCCAGAAAGUGCCAAGGCUAAAGAGGCUGGUUACGGACCACCUCCCACCCCACCACCUGUUUCUUCAAUCCCAAACAGGCAGACUAGCAUUCCUGCUCAAGCACCUCCACCAGUACCAGCUACUGUCGCAUCUUCCCUCUCCUCCCCUGCCUCCUCUGCAGCAUCAACUCCAACAUCUGUGGUACCUCCACCACCACCUGCAGUUGCUCCUCCUCCACCACCACCUGCAGUUGCUCCUCAACCUCCACCAGCCCCUGUGCCACCCACUGGAUUACCAGCCCCGCCCCCUCCACCUCCUCCUCCUCCUGGGCUGGACUGGAAGCCACCAUCUCAGCAAACACCUCAGCCAACAUCUACACUAACAUCUAUCUCCAAACCCCCAAUGACUCGGAAGAUUAGUAAUGAUCAGGGCAUGUCGAUGAUGGAUGAGUUAAAGAAAGCUCAACAACGAAGGCUGUCUAAGGCAAUGGAGCUUGAUACUGACAUGGUUGAUGGUGGGAAAGUUAAUGGCACUGACAAUCACAGCAGUCCCAGAAGCAAUGCUUUCGGUAAACCUCAGGCUGAAUCAGCGCCAAAUGAGCUUCAAAAGAUUUUGGCCAAAAAAAAGGCUGGUCUGAAUUCCUCACCAGGGAAUCCGCUUCCAGUAGCACCGAGACCAAAGCCUGCUGGAUUCCGAAGUAACAAUGCUGCUGUCUCUACCAACAACACUUUCACCAGAGUCGAGGAUAUCCCCGGCAAACUCAAUGGACUAACACUGGCACAAGUCAGUCAAUGCCUUAGACUCCUCAAUCUGGAGAAGUACAUUGACACAUUCAAGAAAAAUCACGUGGAUGGAGACUUGAUGAUGACAUUGAACAAGGAUAUGCUUCGCACUGACUUUGGACUGUCAAACUUUGAUGUUGAGAAAGUUAUGAAGUUCAUCCAAGGAUGGCGACCCAAAUAGAUGAUGCAUCAGUCUGAAGUAGCUCACCUGUUGUGUUGACUGUGUGGAUGGCUAAAGCAGAGUUUCAAGCCCAACAGGUCUGCCUUAGCAUGUUCUGGGUGGCUACAUCGAAAGGGUUGCAUACAUAAUCAAGUCUAUCACAAAUAAAGUCACAACACUUGUUACAAGCAAGAGGGAAUACGUGGCAGAGGAAUGAAUCUGUUAUAGUUUCUUUAAGAAGCUUGUGAUUUAAAUCGACGUUGGAUGACUUAUGAUGGCUUUGAUUACUGUCUGAUGGUGACACCUGCCAUUCAACUGUUAUGGAUCCAACUUGGUAAUUUUGACCGUGAAUAUCGUCUCUUUCAAAACGUCGGUAAUUUUACUUUAUACAUCAAUCAUAAAAACAACUCAUUCAUUCUGAAAUGGUUUACCUUUCUCUAAAAUUAUCUUAUUCCUCCAACUUUCGUUUUGUGAAAAUAAUAAGAGCAUGCCAAACCAGGUGAUGUAAAGAGUACCACCUCAGAUCACAGAACAAGAUACCAGUGUGCUCCGAGUAUGAACUGAAGAUUGAACUUAACGAAACAACCACCACCCUUGUAGUAACACAAUUCACGUUUGAUCAUUCGAGCACAUCUUCUGUGGGUAUACAGUUGAACAUCGGUAACCAAACCACUUUAAUACAACACCCUGUCGAAAACCAAGAUAAACUGAAGGUUCCCCAGGCCUUAGUCUCUGUACUCUUUUUCUCAUUUUUAUGCAACACUGAUAACACAGUCUCUAUCAAAACAAGGUAAUUUGUAAACUCAAGUGACCUUGUUAUAAGGGUGUUUGACUAUUAAGUAUUCAACAAGUGUAACAGGUCUUACAGUUGGUGUACUCUGGUGUUUUGAGUGUUCCGAAAUUGUCAGCUAGUCCGGUGUGAAGGGGUGCUUACCCCUUUACCUAAAAGGAGGUCAGAAUAACUGAAGGUAGCUGGUGCAAAUGGCUGCUUACAGACAAAACUCAGUGUAUGUACAGCUCAAUGACAGCCGUCUGCACGAGAGUGUUUUAGUGGAAACCUACAGUCUACCUACAUUAUGCAGAUCGGGGAUAUGGCAAGAGUGUUACAGUAUUUGCCAAACCUGCCUCAAUUAACUUGGGACACCUUAUAUCUAGCCAGGGCUUUGAUUGGUGAUGACUCAUCAAUUUGUUAUACAUGUAUACCAUUGCUUGGAGGAUUACAUGUAUUUCUUUUUAUCUUCAACUUAAAUGCACACCCAAGAAUUAUUAUGUCAAGGUAAUAGUUUAAUGAGGAGCUACCUUAUUUUACAAGUGUUGACUGAACACUGAACAGUUCAUUCACUUCGCACUCUAAGGAAGUCAACCUUUAACAACGAUAUAACCAUUCCGGUGAUCUUUGUAAUUUAAAUAAAUUUUUAUACAUUAUUCUUGUAAUUUUAUUCCCUUUUCCAUAUUAAAUAAUUUUAUAUGAAAGUAACUAUAAUACUUGUAUAUCAUACUGAGGAAAGAACCUUGAUGAAAAUUUAAGUUUAUCGUACACUGAGUCCAUUCCUAAUUGCUACAAAAAAUAUUAGCUGAAAGUGCAUAAAUCAAAAUGAAAAACAAGUACACACGCACGUUAUUGGCUGACAGAUAAUGAAUAAUAAUUUUAUGAAAGUUGGUUUACUUGUGGAUUUUCAUAACAAUGAAACAACAAAAUUGAAUGAACAAGUUUCAGAAAUCCUAGUAAAGAAAAACAUAUUCCACUGAAGUUUGGUAAAGGACUCACCUUGAUUGGUUAGCCGAUAAAUGUACCAUAGGCAAACAAUACACUCAUUAAUUGGUAAGCAUUCCUCAGAUGAUGCUUUCAAGAAGUACACUGAAACCACUGAUUACACUUAAUACUUUUCUGUAAAAUACAACUACACAUUCAUAAAUGUUUGUUUGCAGUCAUUUUAUUUUUUUAUUUUGCUAUUGUAUAAUUAGCAGGAAUUAAGAGUGCUAUCAAUAAGAGUUGUCUAAAUCCUUGAUUCAUUAGCCAAUUUGGGAAAUGUAUUGUAAACUAAACUAAAAGUUGAGCACACUUGAAAGUGCACUCAUCAAAAGUAAUACUGUUGUAUUUUAGGCAAAGCUAUUUUAUUGUAUUAUCUUGUAUAAAUCAAUACAAAAUAAGGAGCGUUAAUUUUUAUAAUGUGAAAAUAAUAGUUUCCUUGAAAAAUCUAAAUCAAGAAAAUUGUAUAUUGAAAGGCUUCCUUUAAUUCAAAUACAUGUACUGGUCGAGUUAGCCUUAUUUUUUGCGGGUAAGUGCUUGCCCAAAAUCCUUAUACUAAAACAUUUGAGGGCAGGCUGCCAAGUUUGAGUGGGCCAAAGAUCAGACAGAUGCAUCUGUGGCUGAAAACCGUGAUACCAAAUGACUGCUAUACUGAACAUUUUGUGUGGAACCCUUCAUGUUUGUUACAGCUUGUUCCACUAUACAUAUAUCACAUUUGAAAGAAACCAAAAUCAGCCAAAAUAAACCUCAAUAGAAUUCUGAGCAGGUGUAUCUUCAAAAGAGAUCUUAAAUCUACCUACAACUGACACAUGUUCCUUUUAACAUUAAUUGGCUUUGGGUCUGCAAAUCUCUUCCAAUAUUAGCAUGGGAAUAAAUUGAUUUCCAAACGUUUUGUGGAUUAAACCCAAUCUUGGAUGAUUCUCAGAUGGUUCAGAAAUGUUCUGAAAAAGCGUAGCAGGGAACAGAGAAAAGUCAUCAAAUCUUUUUAUGUGGACAAAUGUGGGACAUAGUGUAUGAGGUAGUACUGCAGUUCAAGUUGACUGACAGUUUUCUUUGUACCUGUGUUUUUUUAACUUUAGAUACAUGAAACCUGGAUUAUUUCAGCUAGAAAAUUUCAGACAGUAUAUAUGUAUGUUUUUCAAAUGCUUCUGCAGCAAGUCCUAUCUUUCGUGCGUAGUUAAGUAAAAAGAAUAUAAAAGUGUAAAAAAAACCUGUCCAGAUAAAUGGAACAUUUCUACACAGUGUAAAGGCAGAAAUUGUAAAGUCGGUGAAAAUUCCAAAGAGGCAUUAAAAUUAAAAAAUGUACUAGUUUAUUUUGCUAA